AAGACUUUCGCCAUAGAACCACCUGGAUCUCUGCUUUUUUCUGGUGCAUUAUAUGAUUCAGUCAGUCAAUUGCUACAGUGUUCUACCAUCGACCAAUCGAACCACAAUGCUCAACCAUAAAGCCAGGCCAAAUAACGUCACCGAUCUCAUUAUCAUGCUCAACAGCAUCACUGAUGUUGGAAUUUCAUUCCUAAUUCUAGCCCUCGCAAGAGGAGAGCAUCGGCAUAAAGUAUGCGACAGUACAGCUAAGCGACAAGCUUAUGAUAAAGAAGAUGACGUCAAUGACGUCAUGAGUCUAGACAGUGAUGAUCGUCAAUCAUCGAGCUCUAGCUCGAACAAACGCAACUCGUUGAUUACGCUUAUCGACAGAAUUUCCUCACCGUCUAUCGCAUCGUCAAUCAAAUAA